UAGGAGCCCACACCCGCUAGGACGAGAGAAGCAGGCCUACUCUUCAGGAAGACUCCACAUUAUAGACUGAUUUUUUUUUAAAAACGGACCUUCUACGAGCUUAUGCUGCUUUAACAUUGUGUUCGUUUGUGUUCUACGCCUAUCUGAAAGUGUGUUUUUAAGAUGAAUACCAUGGAUAACUUGGAGAAGCAGCUGAUUUGUCCCAUAUGUCUGGAAAUGUUUACAAAGCCUGUGGUCAUUCUACCCUGCCAGCACAACCUCUGCAGAAAAUGUGCCAAUGAUGUUUUCCAGGCGUCUAAUCCAUACCUUCCAACAAGAGCGGGCUCAGUGACGUCUGGUGGCCGCUUCCGAUGCCCAUCCUGCAGACAUGAGGUGGUUCUGGACAGACAUGGUGUCUACGGGCUGCAGAGGAACCUGUUGGUGGAGAAUAUUAUCGAUAUGUUCAAGCAAGAGUCCAGCAGCAGCAAACCAGCUCCAGAGAGGAAGGAAGAGACGCCCAUGUGUGAUGUUCAUGAGGAUGAGAAGAUCAAUAUCUACUGUGUGACCCACGGUGUGCCCACAUGCUCCAUGUGUAAGGUAUUUGGAAAUCACAAAGACUGCGAGGUGGCACCCAUCACCAGCAUCUACCAGACAAAGAAGACGGAGCUGAGUGACGGGAUCACCAUGAUGGUUGCUACGAACGACAGGAUGCAGGGCAUCAUCAGUCAGCUGGAGGAAGCCUGUCGUGCUAUAGAGGAGAACGGUCGCAGGCAGAAGACUCUGGUGUGCGAGAAGUUCGACCAGCUGUACUCCAUCCUGGAGGAGAAGAAGAGGCAGAUGAGUCAGAAGGUGACAGCCGAACAGGAAGAAAAGUUAAACUACAUCCGGGGCCUGACCAGGAAGUACGGGGAUCACCUGGAAGAGAGCUGUAAGAUUGUGGAGAAGGGGAUCCAGACGAUGGAGGAGCCAGAAAUGGCCUUAUUCCUAGAGAACACCAAGCCUCUCCUCAAAAAGAUUGCAGAAGCAUCAAGCAUAGCGCAUUUAGACAAAGUUGAGCGUGGUUACGAGAACAUGGAUCACUACAGCGCCAACUUCAAGAAAGAGGGGAAGGCCCUGCGCAGCAUCGACUUCAUCCAAGAUGAUGACGAUGACGACGAAGAGGAUGAGGAUGGAGAAGCCGGCGCAGAAGAUGGAGAGGGGGCACAGACUGUUACAUCCGCCUCCGUCCAACCUUCUGCCCCCCAGCAGACAAACUCCUCCCCGAGCGCAGCCAAGAGCGCAGCCUCGACCUAGCUGUCAGCCACGCGCCCAGACUGCACCUUCAACCGGGAGCGGGAUAAGUUUCACUCUGACUAGAUGUUGCUUUCAGGUCAGUUGUGAUACGUUUGCUCCCAGAUCAGGGGAACACUGAGACAGAUUUAGAUCUGUGCCGAAGGGAAAGUUUGAGUCGCUGCGGUAGAUCUAAAGAAAGAGACAGAAGUUUCAGUUCCCAUCUGCCUCUUUUAUUGAGAUUGUUUUAGCUUACAUCAGUGCAUACAGAGGAUCUAUAUUGUCUGGUUUAAUACAAAUUUUCUUUUAGUUGUUUUUGGCACAUUGCUUCACCAACAGUGUCUAAAUCUUAUUUCCACAAGUGAGACAUGUUCAUAGAUUUUUAAUGAAGCUGACCUUUUGCAAAUCACUUCUUAAACUACAUCAUUAGAAAUCAUGGCAAGGGUUCCCUGCCUGUCGUAUACAUUUUAUUACCGUUAUAACAUUAUGAGCAAGGAAGAGGAGUGUAAAAGUAUCACUGUGACAUUUCAGAAAUUCAUACAUCUGUCAGCCUGUGUCGUGUUUUUUGUUGUGUAAAAGACAUAUUUUCCUAUUAUGGGCACAAAUGUCAAUUUUCCCCUAACAUGAAUGAUUUAUGUGUCAUUAAAACAGAGUUUAAAAAACACCUUCAUGGUUGUAUUUUUCCACUA